CCAAACCGCUUUGUCGUCAUGGGGACUGAUGACUUCCGCGCAUCGAUGGACAAGCUGGUGCUGCUCCCGACCCCAACGAUGUCCAUUACGAUACUGUGUGUGACGCUGUACAUUGUUGUGGGGAUGACCGCGCUGUACCGCAGCGUCGUACCACGACCCCUGCCCGUCACGAGACUGAAAGCAUUCCAGUACCUCGUCGCCGCGUUCAGUUUGCUCCGGUCCAUGUCGUUUGUGUCGGGUGACCCGUCCGCACGCAACAUCGUCAACCGUCUGGCGUUGUGCAUCUUCUUCUCCCUUGUGCUCUUCCAGGUGUUCUUCUGGUUUGACAUUGUCAAUCCCGGCAUGUCGGUCCGCUCCAAGCGCAUUUGGAACACGUUCCUCGCCGUGAACUUUGUGUUCUACACGUUCGUGCUUGUUCUGCAGCUGGUGAGUCCCGCCACCCCCGUCGAACUCGACGACGAGUCCCGCGUCCGCAUCAACUUGUGGUCUGACCUGCUUCCCGUGCUUUUGGUUGCCCUCGGGAGCGUCGGCAGUGCGGGCGGCAUGCUCUACCUAAGCUGCAAGAUGCGCCUUCGCGUGCAACGCCUCGUGGACGAAGUGCCUCGGCAGACGAUCCAGGCCAUGCACCGCGCGCUCGCGUUCCUCAACGGCGUCCUGCUUCUGUCGUCCGUCGUGUUUGCCAUGCGCACAGUCUUCUACCUCCAGCGGCCAUGGUCACACAAGGAGUGCGGCGCCAUCCAGGACCCGAACGUGUGCAUCUUCGUCGGCUACGUCCUUCCCGAGAUGGUUCCGUGCAUCCUCUUCCUAGCGCUCAUGCAACAGGUGGACCCGCGGCUGUGGACGUCCUCUUGCCAUGCAUCGACCAGUGAAACCACGCCCCUGCUGCGAAAGCAACCAGCAUCAUCUGUAUUUGACACGCCCAAUCACGUCCGGUGGCAGCGGCCGCUUAAGAGCCCGACCACAAUCACCACCCCCCUUCCCCCACGACCAAGCCCUUCCGCCCUGGGCAGCCCACCGACGCCCCAUUCGACGGCAGCGGCGUCCGAGCCGGCGCUCUGGCUAUCUAUACGCUGUAUCGAUCUCCACACGGAUUCCCAUGGGCCCGUGUCAACAUUUGUGGUCGCAACGUCGAUUGCAACCGGGUCAGAGAUUGGACGGACGGAUGUUUGCCAUGGAGAUAAUAGUAGCCCCAUGUACUACCGCGUGCUCUUGAACGUCCCCACUCUACAAGGAGCAUUGCGCUUGCAGGUGUUUGCAUUGCAUGACGUGGCGAGUCUUGUGAUGGAAGCUGUAUUGGACGACCCGUCCACGUUGGCGCCUGGGCAUGCGAUGUCGUUUCGCCGUGAUGAGGACGGCGCUAUGGCACUUCCUGAUGGUCUGCUCAUGAUCCGAUGUGAAGCUGUGUCGAGUGUGGAGCCAACUUUUCAACGGCUCGCUCGGGCAUUUGUGUGGCCUGAGAUGACGUUGCUGGCAGAGGAAGAGCUCGUGGAGAGUCCGUUCACGUGGUCGAUUCCAUAUCAAUUGUUGCAGGUAAUCGUCGUAGACUUGGCCGACAAACUGGACCGGCUGACGGACGCCGCGACCUCCGAGAUCGAAUCAUCAUUGGUCGUCGCCACGUCACCACCAGAAGGCGAAGAAGACGACGGCGGCGGCAACCGGAGCUUGUUGAGCGACAUGAUCUUCCACCUCCAAGGCAACAAACGCCGCCGGUCAAACCACAAGUGGCGGGUCGAGAUGAUUCAGCGCAUGGAAAUGUACUUGGCCCAAGUCCGGUCGGUUCUGCAAACGUAUGAGGCCGGCCCAGUCGUCACGUUCAAGCCGAGCACGAAAAAAGCCGACCCGGACCUGCGCUUUGUGGCGCUCAACUUGCACGCGCAAAUGCUGACGCUGGGGUCGGCUAUUCCGGACGAAGGACGAAUCGUGGCCAGCGAAGCGACAUGGGACGACGCGCCGCUCGCCUUGAAGGAGGUCCCUCCGUUUAAGAACUACCGCCUCUUUGGUACAGUCACCGUGGGGGCGUUUGCGGCCCACGUGUACGGGUUUGGACAAGGCGGUGUCCGUCAACUGAGGGAGAAUUGGGAACGGUUGCGAGAGUUGUCGAUGCAAGCGAUCGGAGCCGACUUGGCCGUGCUGCAGCGAGACAUGCACGCCCUGGAGUGGCACAUUGACCAGCGGCUGGACGUGGCCUUUAGCCAAGCCAUGACGGCGCUUGUGACAUCGUUUUCACAGACACUUUACGUCCAUUUGCAUGCAUCAGACGUUGCCGGCGAUGGCGACGAGAACCGCAAAACGCCAGCUUUGUACUUGCAGCAACUCGAACGCCACGGGUUUCUGUUUAGCGUGGAAUCCCUACUGAGCACCGUGGGCGCUGAAGCCGGUAUGUUAGGCGACAUGGAUGCCGCCGUCAAGGCUCUGGCACAUGUGACCCUGCAACUGCAGGUGGUGCGUUCGUCGGGGGUGUUUGACAUGCGCAUGUCGUCCAGGGGUUCGAGCGGCCUCACGAUCGAGUUGCCAUUGAUAGAUGCUCGAGAAAAAGCGCUCCCCACGGGGCGGCGCGUUCCCGGGCAGCCGGUGUCCUUAUCCCCGUCUUCUUGCUCUUCAGUGGACCACCUUGCAGUGGGCACUCGACUCGACAUUGCCGUCGUGCCAGUGUUAUUCAAUCAAGGCAUGAACGAACUCCAAACCGUGGCCAACACUGUCGGUCGCAGUCAGCUGCAAGAAGACAUCAACAUCGAAAGCAGCAUUGUGCUUGAAGCGUAUCUGACGGCCGUGUCGACAUCGCCCGACGUACUGCGAGCGUGGGAAGGCGUCAAGGGCAAGAUCCAACAGGCCAAAGCCGAGAAAGUGAUGGACAUCGUCGCCACCACGUCGUGGAUUGCGCGGCAAGUGGGCGGCGGCCGAGUCACAUGUUGCAAGAGCGGCAAGGACCGCACCGCCAUGUCUGUGACGCUGGAGGAGGCCACGUGGAUGGCCGACCACGCCGCCACUACCAUCAGCAGCAGCAGCAGCAGCAGUAGCCACAUCGACAUGGACCAAGCCAGUCGCCAAGGAGGAUGGACCGUGGAAUGGACGCAGCUAUUGCGGACAUACGGCGUGCGGCGCGAGAACGCCCGGAAAAACAUUGGCAAGGCCCAAUAUGCAUUCAACACGUGGCAGAAUUACUUGCUUCCGUCCGAGUACAAGUGCCCCCCAGGCACGGGCGGCGGCGGCACGUCAUAACGAGAAAUCCCAACUGCUACUUCUAGUGUGUACUAGUAUAUGU